AGGCGGAAGUUCCCGCGGGCCGUGGGGACGGCGCACGCAGCGCGAGUCACUUGUCAGCGCUCGUCUGAGGCGGAGGCAGCGCCGCGCCGGACCGAGUCUCUAUCAUUUUCUGGGAUUGGACUUUGAGCCGUUAGAACCAUGAGCAACUACACCGUGUCCUUGGUUGGCCCGGCUCCUUGGGGUUUCCGGCUGCAAGGUGGCAAGGAUUUCAACAUGCCUCUGACAAUCUCUAGUCUAAAAGAUGGCGGCAAAGCAUCCCAGGCAAAUGUAAGAAUAGGCGAUGUGGUUCUCAGCAUUGACGGAAUAAGUGCACAAGGAAUGACUCAUCUUGAAGCCCAGAACAAGAUUAAGGGUUGUACAGGCUCUUUGAAUAUGACUCUGCAAAGAGCAUCUGCUGCACCCAAGCCUGAGCUGGUUCCUGUUCAAAAGCCCACAGUCACCAGCGUGUGUUCCGAGACUGCUCAGGAGCUAGCAGAGGGACAGAGAAGAGGAUCCCAGGGUGACAGUAAACAGCAAAAUGGGAAAAUCCCGCCUAAACGCCCACCAAGAAAACACAUUGUGGAGCGCUAUACAGAGUUUUAUCACAUACCCACUCACAGCGAUGCCAGCAAGAAAAGACUGAUUGAGGAUACUGAAGACUGGCACCCAAGGACUGGAACGACCCAGUCUCGCUCUUUCCGAAUUCUUGCCCAGAUCACUGGGACCGAACAUCUGAAAGAAUCUGAAACUGAUAAUACAAAGAAGGCAAAGUUUGACAGUUCUCUUGAAGACCUGGCUCCGAGUGGACCUCACCCACCUGCAACUGCUCAGGUUUUACACAUUGGUGGCCAAGUAGCCACGCUUUCUAAAGUAACUACAUAUUCUAGUUUAAGCAGCUCCACGAGAAAUGUGGUGGCAAGUUCUUUGGAAGGUUUUCGGAGCUUUCCUGCCUUCUCUUCUCCUGCUAGAUAUAGCGCUGCAGUUCUGAGCAGUGCGGCCGCGACCGUGUCUGCUGCUAUUGCUGCAAAAACCAGGUUCUCCAGUCCUGAAAAAUAUCACUCCCUCCUGGAUGCACUUUGCAUCAGCCCUGUUUCCAAGCCUCUAGCUUUUUCGUAUCUCCAGGCCUCGAGGAAGUCAACUGGCUCUGUCCAUGAUAGGAAAAUAAGCAACUCCCAGGAGCCUUCUCAGCAGCUGGCUCCGUCAGUGGCUUCGGCACGGAGCAUGCCUGAGAGGUCGGCAAGCCCAGCCUCCGCCAGGCCAGGGGUGGCCGGGCUCACCACUGUGGCCGCCUUCAAGCCUCUGGGAGCCACCAGCACUGUCAAGUCGCCAGGCUGGCAGCGGCCAAACCAAGCAGCAGCUUCCACUGGAAGAGUCUCAAACAGUGCCACUUCCCCAAGAGCAGCAGCACCAGCCAGCUCGGCCGGGGGGCCGCCCCCGCCAAGUGACCAGGACACUUUAGUGCAGAGAGCUGAGCACAUUCCAGCAGGGAAGCGAACUCCAAUGUGUGCCCACUGUAACCAGGUCAUCAGGGGACCAUACCUGGUGGCACUGGGGAAAUCUUGGCACCCAGAAGAAUUUAACUGUGCGCACUGCAAAAAUACAAUGGCCUACAUUGGAUUUGUGGAGGAGAAGGGAGCCCUGUAUUGUGAGCUGUGCUAUGAGAAAUUCUUUGCUCCUGAAUGUAGUCGAUGCCAAAGGAAGAUCCUUGGAGAAGUCAUCAAUGCUUUGAAACAAACUUGGCACGUUUCCUGUUUCGUGUGUGUGGCCUGUGGAAAACCCAUUCGUAACAAUGUUUUUCACUUGGAGGAUGGCGAGCCCUACUGUGAGACUGAUUAUUAUGCCCUCUUUGGUACCAUAUGCCGUGGAUGUGAAUUUCCCAUCGAAGCUGGCGACAUGUUCCUGGAGGCUCUGGGCUAUACCUGGCAUGACACUUGCUUUGUAUGCUCGGUAUGUUGUGAAAGUUUGGAAGGUCAGACCUUUUUCUCCAAGAAGGACAAGCCACUUUGCAAGAAACAUGCUCAUUCUGUGAAUUUUUGAAAGUCAACAGUUCAGGAGAUGAGAAGAAAUUUGAAGAGAAAGAGGAGAAUUAAAAUUACCAAUUAAUUUUUAGAUUUAAUAUUUAUAUGGAGUUUUGAAAAAUAAUAGUGGCCCUGAAGGGAUAAAUUCCAGCUUUAAAAGCCAGGUCUAUGGGAAAUAUUUGGCUUCAUAAAGUAAAGAGACAGUUGGGCAUUUAUUAUUACUUUUUUCCUGUAUUUUCUGCCCAUAAAAUAACUUUUAUAAAAAUCAAUUUCUUGGUUGACUAUUAAAUUUAUCUUAGAAUAAAUUAGUAAAGAAUUAAAUUUUAGAAUAAAAACCUUGAACCUCUAUGCUGAAAUAAUUAUACUUUCUUUCCUUGUUAGGUGGUUAUGAGUAAAUCUGUAAAAGGCAAUAAAAAUGCCUUACACUUGAUCAAUAUGUGAAAUGUAUUUUUUUAAAAAAUAGUGUUUAUCUUUAAAACAGUAAAUAGGAGUUAAAACAGAGAAUUUUAUCAGUGGUGGGUGUCCGUUUUUUAAAAACUGUAUGUACAUUUUUUUUUUGUUUUACAGUUGAUCAUUCCAGUAGGAAAGGCCAAUGAGAUUUUUGAUCAAAAUGUGUCAUGCUGAUAAGAGAUGUUAUAUUUUUCUCUCAUUCUCCCCCAAAAAAGCCACCAUAUAGCUUACAACUCAAUUUUUUGCCUUUUAUUAAAAUAUAGUCGUAUUCAUUAUGUUUCAUCACCUGUAUUAGUCAAACUCCAUUUUUUUCCCUUCCCUCAUGUUGAGAUAAAGAGCUAAUUGAAUAACUUUGGACUCUGACCGUUUUCUCUCUCUUUAAAGAGAAAUAAGUAGAGAAGAAUGUGAUUGGGAAUUAUGGUAAAUCAGAGGAUUGGAUCCAAAAUUUUAAAAAAUUCCUCCUUUUUGGACAAUGAAUCAAUUAAAUCAGUUUCAGGGUGGUAGUGCUGACUGAUGAAGGUUUGAGAGCUCUCUUUGCAGAAUAAUUUUUUUUUCUUUUAUUCUACAUU